AUGAAAAUCUUCAAAAGUUUCAUUGUAAGCAUUUGCAUCAUUUCUUUAUCAAGAAUAGGCAGCCAAAGUGGAGUUGAAGCUAAACCUUUGUUGGGAGGAUUGCUUGGAGUUGGUGGUGGAGGUGGAGCAACUGCCGGAGUUGAAGCAACUGCUGGAGCUGAAGUAAAUGCCAAUGACAAUGUUAACGCUGGUGUAAAAUCUAACGGUGGAAGUGUGUUAGAUCCUAUUCUUGGUUCCCUCUUGGGAGGUGGUGGAAAUGGAGGAGUUCUAGAACCUGUCGUAGGUGGGCUGGGACUCGAUAAUAUACUUGGUUCACUUUUGGGGGGUGGUGGAAAUGGAGGAGUUCUAGAACCUGUCGUGGGUGGGCUGGGACUCGAUAAUAUACUUGGUUCACUUUUGGGUAAUGGUGAAAAUUCACAAGAUGAAGGACUUCUAGGAGAUCUCCUGCAUAAAUUAGGCGUUACUCAACUUCUUCAAAAGCUUUUGGGGGGUGCAACAAAUUCUGGACUUAUACUGAAUGGAGGAAUUUUAGCACCAGUUUUAACUGGGCAAAAACUUGAUAGUAUUCUUGUAUCUUUACUGCAAGAAAUGUCAACAUCCGGAAGUGGAAAUAUUGACGAACAACAAGUCAGCCAAUUCCUCAAUUCAAUUUUGACAAGCUCUGGAAAUUCUGGAAUUGGAGCAAACAUGAAUGAACAGGAGAUCAUUAAAUUCAUUAUUUCUAUGCUUGGAAGCUCAUCAAAUUCUGGAACUGGUAUUAAUAUUGAUGAGCAACAAAUCAGCCAAUUUCUCAAUACAUUUCUGACAAGCUCUGAAAAUUCUGCAUCUGGAGCAAAUAUAAAUGAACGAGAGAUUAUUCAAUUUCUUAACUCUAUGUUUGGAAGCACAUCAAAUUCUGGAACUGGUGUUAAUAUUGAUGAGCAACAAAUCAGCCAAAUUCUCAAUACAUUUCUGACAAGCUCUGAAAAUUCUGCAACUGUAGCAAACAUAAAUGAGCAAGAGAUUAUUAAAUUUAUUAACUCUAUGUUUGGAAGCACAUCAAAUUCUGGAACUGGUAUUAAUAUUGAUGAGCAACAAGUCAGCCAAUUUCUCAAUACAUUUCUGACAAGCUCUGGAAGUUCUGCAUCUGGAGCAAAUAUAAAUGAACGAGAGAUUAUUCAAUUUCUUAACUCUCUUUACGGAAGCACAUCAAAUUCUGGAACUGCAACAAAUGUUGAUGCAAACUUGAAUUCUGGUACUGGAUUUAAAGGGAUUGAAACUAAUGAAGUUCUGAACUCACUUUUAGCAAACUUGAAUUCUGGUACUGGAGUAAAUGUAAAUGAGCAAAGCAUUAGUCAACUUAUUAACUCUAUGUUUGGAAGCUCAUCAAAUUCUGGAACUGCAGCAAAUGUUGAUGCAAGCUCUGAUACUGGAGUAAAUGUAAAUGGCCAAGAGAUUAAUCAGUUUUUUAAUUCUAACUCUGGAAGCACGACGAAUUCUGGAUCCGGAUUAAGUUUUAAUGGGAAUGUAAACAGUGGCGUGGCGAAUGACGUACUAAUUUUGGAUUUCAUGACAAAGUUGCUAGCUCCCUUAAUGCAAAAGCUUUUGAACUCUAUUCCUUUGGUACAAACAUUUUCUGCUUCCUCCGACCCUUCACUUGCGAAAUUGUCAUCAUCAUUUGGAAAAUCUUUACAUGGAAGAGCCGGGGUUGGCAUCAAUAGUGGAUUGAAUUCUAAAACAACAAUAAGCGAAAACAAUGAGAAUGCUUUAGUUGCAGCUCUUGAGAACGUUUCAAAAUUAUUGACUCCAUCUUUGAAUGAUUUAUCCCAGACAGACAAACAAGCAUUGAUAGAAACUAUCAAAAGUAUCAAUACACAACUUGAAGCUGCAUCUAAGGGAAAAAAUAAGGUUAAUUUGAAAGCUACUGCCAAAACAGGAUAAACAAAAUUCCAGUGAAUGUAAUCAAUGUUUUAUAAUUGAUAAAAUUUAACAGCAAUAAAUAUCUGCAGUUGCACCUUGGACAAUAAAGAUUUUAAAUAUGUCUUUAACAAAAGCAAAUA